GGGAAGUGCCUUGGUGAGUCACAAAUUUUAACAUCAACUUCUGAUUGAGCAGUCAAUAAAAGAAUAACAGAAGGUAUUAUUUAGUCUGUCUCAACAUCUCUGAAGAAAGCCUGGGAAACUUUUUAUGUCUCCAGUAGGGGGUUUCAGACCUGAGUCUCUGUAACAAAAAAAAAAAAAGAAAGAAAAAUGCACCGUUAGAGCAAUCAUUUACUUUUUAUAUGCAGAGAUCCAUAGGAACCUGCCAGCCGGAACGUAUCACAUGUUGAAGCCAGCUUACAAAUCAGCAAAGAAAGCCAAAAGGGGGAAAAGUUUUCUUUGUGCCAACUGUAGAACUGGAAAUUGAAGUUGGCACUGAAAAUUAUUCUUGUCUUUUGCUACGGAUUUCUUUUUUAUGUGAAUACAUUUUAUAGAUGCAGUUUGAUGUUACACAUCUCUCAAGCAUAUAUCAGUGAAAAUCAGCAGAGAGGUUGGAUUCCGGUUUCUAAAGCUAGUGAAAAACACAUUAUAAUAUUUGUUAUAAACCAGUUUUGCUAUACUGGGAUCCAAGGGGAAUAGUAAAAGCUACUGAAACCCCUCCACACAGUUUAAAGAAAGAGGUUCAACAAAACAGAAGAAAGGACACAAGUAAUUGGCUCAAGAUUAUUUGAGUGAUAUGAUGGUGGUGGUGGUACUUUGAAGUGUCUUCACUCCACUCCCUUCCUGUUUCAUCCAUCCACACACACACACACACACACACACGCACACACACUCGCACACUCACACGGAGCAUGCCUCUGAGUCCGGCAGCAGGCAAACAUGAACCUUCGGAAGAGCAGCACAACCAUCAGCAGCAGGAGGGCACCACAAACGGCACGCACGAGGAGGAGGCUUCAGACAGUUCCCGAGAGGAGACCGACUACAACGACAGCAAGAGCACCACAGCUGCAGCAGAACAGCCCCCCGCCUCCUCCCCCACCUCCUCCUGUCCCCCCAGCCCCAUGGAGGACCCUGGCGCUAACCCCAUUGUCAUCAGAAUAGGAAUCCCAGACCUGCAGCAAACGAAGUGUUUACGUUUCAAUCCUGAUGCACCUGUCUGGGUGUCCAAGCAGCGGAUACUAUGCACACUGAACCAGAGCCUAAAGGAUGUAUUAAACUAUGGCCUCUUCCAGCCAGCAUUCAAUGGCAGGGCUGGGAAAUUCCUGGAUGAGGAACGGCUACUAAAAGAGUACCCUCAGCCUACUACCUUACCCGUGCCCUAUCUUGAGUUUCGAUAUAAAAGGCGAGUUUACACUCAAUUCCAUGUCGAUGACAAGCAGCUGGCGAAACUUCAUACGAAGGCAAACUUGAAGAAGUUCAUGGAAUAUGUCCAAAGCUGCAACAUUGAAAAAGUGUGCCGAUUGCUUGAUAAAGGUCUUGAUCCAAAUUUUCAUGACCCAGACUCAGGAGAAUGCCCCCUGACAUUAGCCGCACAGAUAGAGGGCAGCUCUGACAUAGUCAAGGUGCUGAGAAAUGGUGGUGCCCACUUGGACUUCCGGGCACGGGAUGGGCUGACAGCAUUGCAUAAGGCAGUGAGAAGCAAGAUCCACACAGUACUCAUGACUUUCCUGGACUUAGGAGCAUCUCCAGAUUAUAAGGAUAGUCGAGGGUUAACUCCAUUAUACCACAGUGCUAUGGUGGGAGGGGAUCCGUAUUGCUGUGAACUCCUGUUACAUGACCAUGCAACUGUUGGUUGUGUAGAUGAGAAUGGGUGGCAGGAAGUCCACCAGGCAUGUCGUUAUGGACACGUCCAACAUCUGGAGCAUCUUCUUUUCUAUGGAGCGGACAUGAGUACCCAGAAUGCCUCAGGAAACUCUGCCCUGCAUAUCUGUGCAUUGUAUAACCAGGAAAGUUGUGCCAGGGUCCUCCUGUUUCGUGGGGCUAACAAGGAAAUAAAAAAUUAUAAUAGCCAGACUGCCUUCCAGGUGGCCAUUAUUGCAGGGAAUUUUGAGCUGGCUGAAGUCAUCAAAACCCAUAAGCCAAGUGAUGUUGUGCCUUUCAGGGAAAAACCCACCUAUACUAACCGAAGACGAAUCCAGGCUGUCAGCUCACUUUCCUCACCCAGGCUAUUGCUGCGUUCUACCAGUGAUAACAACUUGAAUUUAGAGGCCUUUCCCUCAGAAUCACCUGUUCCAUCCCUAAGAAGUCUGCCACCACAGCUGCCCACUCAGUUUCCGGAUAGAUCUGAUGACACUAUACGAAGCACUGCCAGCUCACGGAGUUCCCACAGCCGCUCUCCAUCACUGCAGCGUGUUUAUGAGGAAAGGGAUUCUGGAACUCAAACACUCAGGAGAUCAAGCAGAUCAAGGCUGAGCCCCAGCUCUGGAGGUGUCGAGACCAGUCCCCCAUCACCUGUCCCCAUACACCGAGGCCCAAAGAGAAAGCUGUACAGUGCUGUCCCAGGCCGGACGUUUAUAGUGGUGAAAUCAUACACUCCGCAGGGAGAAGGGGAGAUCCAGCUGAAUCGUGGAGAACGGGUCAGAGUGUUGAGCAUCGGUGAAGGGGGUUUCUGGGAGGGUACAGUCAAAGGACGAACAGGAUGGUUCCCAGCAGAUUGUGUGGAGGAAGUACAAAUGCGACAGUAUGACUCCCGGCAAGAGACAAGAGAAGACAGGACAAAACGUCUUUUCCGACACUACACUGUAGGGUCGUAUGACAACUUCACCUCAUACAACGAUUACAUCAUUGAGGAGAAGACGGCUGUCCUGCAGAAGAAGGAGAAUGAAGGCUUUGGCUUCGUCCUACGCGGCGCCAAAGCGGAGACGCCUAUUGAAGAGUUCACCCCAACGCCAGCGUUCCCAGCACUUCAGUAUCUGGAAUCCGUUGAUAUAGAAGGUGUAGCCUGGAGGGCAGGGCUGAGGACAGGUGACUUCUUGAUUGAGGUGAAUGGUGUGAAUGUGGUGAAAGUGGGUCACAAGCAGGUGGUGAACCUGAUUCGUCAGGGAGGCAAUCACCUGCUCAUGAAAGUCGUCUCUGUGAGCCGGAAGCCUGAAACGGAGGAUGUAGUUCGCAAGAAAGCUCCGCCACCCCCGAAGAGAGCACCAAGUACGACCUUGACCCUGCGGUCCAAGUCCAUGACAGCUGAGCUGGAAGAGCUAGCAUCUGCACGGAGACGGAGAGCAGAAAAACUGGAUGAGAUUCUGGCAGCAGCAACAGAGCCUUCACUGAAGCCGGAGAUUGUUGAAGCAGAUUCCAGAGCAGCUACGGUGAAGCAGCGUCCGACAAGCAGACGUAUCACACCAGCUGAGAUUAGUUCAUUGCUUGAACGUCAGGGAAUGCCAGCAUCUUUGGCUGCCUCUUCCAUAGUAGAGAAACCACAUGUCCCGCUCCCCAGAGGAAUGUCGCGAACCAUGUCUGCAGGUGGUUCAGAAGAUGAGAAACUCCCCUCAUCUGUAAUAGAUGGACGAUUUCCACGGAGUUCAUCAAUGCAGGACACAGUACGAGAAGGUCAAGGCAUCCCACCUCCUCCUCAGACAGCGCCACCUCCUCCUCCUUCACCAUAUUUUGUUGACAGUGGUCCUCCCCCUACAUUUUCCCCUCCACCACCUCCUGGAAGAGCAUAUGACACUUUGCGAUCAAGCUUCAAACCCAGUGUAGAAGCCAAAAUCCAUGGACUGCCACAGGUGAUUUCUACAGCUGAACUUUAUGAUCCAUCCAGGUUCCCUGGACUACAAAAUGAAAGGCAGAGAAAGGCCCGGUCCAUGAUAAUCCUUCAGGAUUCCUCCCAUAGUCCAGUGGAACCCACAGAUAUCUCCAAAUUCAGUACUGCAGCCACUCCCCCAGAGAAGGCCAAGCGUAAAGGAAAGCCAAUGGAUAACCCUUAUGCCAAUAUGGGCCAGUUUAGUGUCAGCCUUUUGGCCCCAACAAAACCUCAGCGUAAAAAAAGUCCCCUAGUGAAGCAGCUGCAGGUGGAAGAUGCACAGGAGAGGGCUGCUUUGUCUGCUGCUUCUGGUACCCAUGUCAGGGAACCCUCACCAACAGGACGAGUUAUGCAUCCCAGUGUUGCUGAGCUUCAGCUCAUGGCAAGGGUCACAGGUGAAUCAGGAAAAGGCCCCUUCACACCUGUUCUUGUUGGGUCUGCCAAGGAAAAGGAUAAGCGUCUGGAAGAGAAGCGGAAAUCAACAGUCUUCCACUCACUUGGCACCAUAGAAGGGGGGCUGCCCCCAAGCACCGAUGUGCCAGCCCUGCAGCCGUCACGGUCAAUAGACGAACGGUUGUUGGGAAGUAGGGAUGUGAAUGCCGCUGCCACCACAGCACAGCCACCUUCUGGAAUCUCAGCAUUUAAGCCAUCAGUCAGCAGCACACAUUCCACUUUCAUUCACCCACUUACAGGGAAGCCACUGGAUCCCAACUCACCAUUGGCACUUGCGCUGGCCGCAAGGGAACGGGCACUGGCCACUCAAACUCAACCACAACACAUGCCCAUAGCAGUAACUCAUGAGCCCCGAAUCAAGCAAGAUAAGAUGGACAUUCUGUUUGUGGAUACCCAAACCAAAGACAUUGAGCAAGUAGACGUUCAAGGGCUAUUGUCCCCUACCUUCACAUCUGGGUCUAAAGGGGGGCACAGCCCUGUCCUUGGCUCUUCUGUCCCUGUCAAGCAGCAGUGGGACACCCCAACAAUACAACGGAAGGAAUUAGAGAUGAGAAUGCCAGAAAAGGCAGAACAAAAGCCCGAGGACAAAAAAUCGAUGAUAAUUAGCAUUGUUGACACCUCCCAGAGGAAGACGGCAGGCUUGAUUAUGGUUCAUGCAACAAGCAAUGGCCAAGAUGUGGGACUUGAUGUACAGGAAGAAGUACUGGCUUCUUCACAGUCACCAAAGGAACCAGUAUGCACGUCCCCAGCUGAGACACAGCAAGAUAAACGCCCAGUUUCCCCUAUCCCACCCUCCUCCCCUGCCAUUGCUCCUGCAGAGAGGACAUUGGCACAAGGCAGCUCUGAAGAAGAUGUAGAGCCCUACACAGUUUCUUUACCACCAGCCCAGCUAUCUUCAAGUGAUGAGGAGACAAGAGAGGAGUUAGCCAAGAUUGGCCUUGUACCACCACCUGAUGAGUUUGCCAAUGGUGUGUUGGUAACAUCCCCGGGCACCCCCAUCAGUGCUGUAACAAGACCAAGUGUACUCUCCAUACCAGCGGCAGCAGUAGCACCCACUACCACUGGUGGAACACUCUCAGGGAAGCCCUCAGAUGCCCCCAUGGCACCAGAUUCGGCUGCAGACUCUGGUGUGGAAGAAGUAGACACAAGAAGCUCUAGUGAUCACCAUCUGGAAACAACAAGCACCAUUUCCACAGUCUCCAGUAUGUCUACCUUGUCAUCAGAGAGUGGAGAGCCCAUGGACACAUACACUUCCUUUGCAGAUGGGCAGACUUUUAUACUCGAGAAGCCACCAGUGCCUCCAAAGCCAAAACUGAAGUCCCAGCUGAACAAGGGGCCGGUUACCUUCAGGGACCCACUUCUGAAACAGUCCUCGGACAGUGAGCUCAUGUCCCAGCAACAUGCGGCCACCCAGGCCACAGCCGGCCCUGCCCGGCCACGCUACCUCUUUCAGAGACGGUCCAAGCUGUGGGGAGACCCUGUGGACAUCAGACCCAUCCAAAUGUCCGACGACAGUAAGCCAACUGUGAUCAGCGAGCUGAGCUCUCGUUUGCAGCUGCUCAACAAAGACACACGCUCCCUGGGUGAUGAACCAGAGGGGAUGCCCUUAGAUGGGAAGAAAUCACCAGUAGGGGCCUCACGACUUUUCGGUAGUUUAGGAGAGCUGAGCACCAUUUCUCAGAGGAGCUAUGGAACCACUUUCACAAUCCGGCCUGGAAGUCGUUACCCAGUGAGCCGUCGGACCCCCAGCCCUGUGAAACCAACAUCAGAAAGGACAGAAAUCAGCACCGCACGCCAUUAUGCCCUUUCCCAUGGGGGGCAUAUGCCUCCUACCAUCCUCAAAUCUUCCAGUUUGUCUGUUCCCCAUGAACCCAAGGAAGUCCGCUUUGUGGUACGUAGUGUCAGUGCCCGAAGUCGGUCACCUUCACCUUCCCCAUCACCAUCUCCCUCUCCAGGCUCCCCUCAGCCCCUUCUUCCAUUGAGACCAUUCAUGCACAAACCUAUGGACCACUGGAACAAGUAUGACGUUGGAGAUUGGCUGGAGAGCAUCAAUCUUGGGGAGCAUCGAGACAAGUUCCAGGACAAUGAGAUAGAUGGAACGCACCUUCCUGCCCUCACAAAAGAAGAGUUUGUAGAGCUUGGUGUGACUCGUGUGGGUCACCGAAUGAACAUUGAACGGGCCUUGAAACAGUUGCUAGACAGUUGACCAUCAUGGGCCACCAGUAGUCCACUGACCAAUUUUUAAAAAAAGAAAAAGAAAAUUUUUUUAUUUAUAUUUUACACACUGAGCUGCACUGAAGGAUGGAGAAGAAACCAUUGCCCCUCGCCUGUUCCUCAGAGUGCUAUUCUGUUCUGAAGUCUGAAUACUGCAUGAAUUUUUAGUCACCAGGAAAAUGUCUGGUCUGUUAGAAAUCUUGGUUCCUGCCCCUUGCUCAAAAAUCACUGCUCCUCAGAACCCCAACCCUUUCUAAAAGUUCCACUUUAAACCAUUCACAGAAGUUUUUUUUAAUUAAGGUGAAUGGGAAAUCAUAUCCAAGAGGAAAAAUUCAGUUGCCUUUUAUUAAUAAUUAAACUGCUUGAUUUGAGGUCAUGUUGCUGCUGGUGCUGCCUCAUACCUUUAGAAUUAUCCAGAAAAUGAAAAAUGAGAAAAUGCAACUUUUUAUAUAUUUUUUAGCCAGAGAGGGAAAAGAAACAACUAGUUGCAUUGAAAAAAAUGUUUGCAAUUCCCUGUUAGAAUUUCACAAAUUGUGAUUGUUACAACAGAAGAACAUUUACAUAACACUCGUGGCUUUUAUAAAACAAAAAAAAAAGUGAAACUGGGUCAGGGUGGGUCAGGGUGGGGUGGUUUGCAUACUAUUUUCCAAAGGGAUAGAUACUGAAAUAUAUAAUAUAUAAUAAAUAAAAUAUAUAUAUAAAUAUAUCUAUAUGUAAAGGGCAGCGGACUUAAAUUGGAGAAGGUUCAAUUCUUGCAGAAGCUGUCUAGUAUUCUUUAGCUUGAUAAAUCAAAAAAAAAAAAAAAACAAUUCUGCUUGUAUUCCAUGGAUUUACUCUGCUUUCUU